CCAUCGUCAUCGUGAUCGGAUCGUAUUCGUAUUCGUAGUUUCUAAUCCAACUUCAGUGAUGGCUGCAACAUUUUUGGAAUUUGCAUUCCGAGGAAGUGGGAAGAUUGCUCUUGAUAGUGUUUGUUCAGUGAGUGUAAGUUUAGUUCGUUUGGAAAUGCGUUUUGUUAAGAUGUAAAGUGCUCUGUUGAACUUACCAUCUGCGAUGGCAGACGAAGAUCCAGAGCUAGAAGUUCGUCGUGCCCUAGAUGUGGUCCAGUCCAUGAUUGACAUUUCUGCAGAUAGAUUGGAGGGGUUAAGAACUCAGUGUGCAACGAGUGCUGAAUUGACCCAACAUGAAAUUAGGACUCUGGAGGGCAAGCUCAUCAAGCUGUUCUCAAGACAGUUGAUUCUCAAAGCCAAGUUGAAGGAUGAUGGAACCCCAGCAGAGAUCAAGCACGUGCCAUCUCUACGACAGUGGCUGCAGGUCGUGGGCCUCUCACCCGACUCUGUGCAGAUAGUGACAUACAAGGUGAGGUCGCUGGAGGCACUACAGUCUGUGACAGAGAGAGAGCUGAGGACAUUGUUAUCUGAACAACCACAGCGGGAUGAGGAGCUAAGACGACUCAGCCAUGCUCUUCACAACCUCAAGCGUUAUACUGACAUUCUUCAUAGAGGUGACAGUGAGAACGUAGAAGCUUUGUACUGGGACUCGUGGGACCGUCGUGUAGUGGUGGGAGGAGGCAGCUCUCCUCGGCCCCCCCGCUCCAGAGCAGGACGCUGUUCUGUACCAUCUGAGGAGAGCUUACAUCCGUCAGAGAGAGCCCCACUGUCUCCACCUCUGCCACCUUACCCGUACACAACACCCCCGUCCACACCCCCUGUGGGGAAAGGCAAAUUGGGUGAGAAAGUGAGGUUUCCUACUACACCUCCGCCACGCCGGAAACAUCAGACAGGGCUACCAACAUUGUACCCUGAGCCACAACCUCUCACCAAGUCCAAGAGUCAUGAGAGCCAGCUGGCAAACAAGGUGGAUGGUGACACUGCGAGCACUGGCAGCAGGACUGUAGAGAGGAGAGGCAGGUUACCAACAGAGCCUGGUCCCCCACUGGUGUCUAGUCCUAUCAAGUCACCGCCUCCCCCCGCUCCUGUACCUGCCACUGCUGCUCCCCCGCUGGAUGAUAACACAUUCAAAUCCAGUCUUCAAGUGCCCAAGUCCCCUCGUACACCAACCAUCUCUCGAGGUAUGGGCCAUGUCAUCAAUCACCGCUUCACCAAAACCUUCAAGAUGAUGACUACGUGUGAUUAUUGUGACAAACAAAUGUUUAUUGGUACAGGGUUAAAAUGUAAAGAAUGUAAAUACAAAUGCCAUCGAGACUGUGAGCCUAAAGUUCCACCAUCAUGUGGUCUGCCCAGAGAGCUAGUGGAUGAGUUUAGAAGAACUAUAACAGGAAAUCAAGACGUGUUUGCACCAAGUCAGUCUCCUAUCAUCAACAGGCCGUCUCCCAGUCAUAAUCCUCUGACUCGAAGAGAUCGCAAGACCAUCAACGUUCCACCAUUUCCAGUAAAUAAUAAAAAUGGAGGGCUGGACUCUUCGUCUAACACAUCGAGUUGUAACAGUUCUACUCCCAGCAGCCCUGCACUGGUGCCCAGUCAUACACCGGCUGCUAUCAUCACCAAACACCAACAGUUCCACUUCCCUGACGUGGUCACUCUUCAGACCCACCCUCUGGAGAGAUCUCAGGACUCUGACAGGACAGUGUCAGGCAGUGUGAGCACGGACUCUGAACACACCCCAGUCAGAGUUGACAGUCAGGACAGUCAGGUGUCUGACAGUGAAAAUGUCGACAACAGGGGCUGGCCUAGACAGAACAGUCUUUCAAUGAGAGAGUGGGACAUACCAUUUGACGAGCUGAAAAUGGGGGAGGCCAUUGGUACGGGUCACUUUGGCACCGUGUACCGGGGUAACUGGCACGGAGAUGUGGCUAUCAAGGUGCUCAACAUGAACUACAUGGACGACGACAAGACCUUUGAAGCCUUCAAACUUGAGGUUGCCAUAUUCCGCAAGACAAGGCACGAGAAUGUAGUGUUGUUCAUGGGAGCUUGUAUGAAGCCUCCGCGACUGGCCAUUGUGACAAGUAUGUGUAAAGGAAUGACUCUCUACACCCACAUACACCUGUGUAAGGACAAGUUCAACAUGAACAAGACCACAUCUGUAGCUCAGCAGAUAUCACAGGGAAUGGGAUAUCUUCAUGCAAGAGGAAUUAUUCAUAAAGACUUAAAAACGAAGAAUAUAUUUCUGGAAAAUGGUAAAGUGAUCAUCACAGACUUUGGGUUGUUCAGUGUUACCAAAUUGUGUUUUGCCAACAAGAAGGUAGAUGGACUGAGUAUACCAAAGGGGUGGCUGUGUUACCUGGCACCAGAGAUCAUCAGGGAUCUGAGAGCUCAUCAAAAGCCUGAUGAUGAGGAAUUGCCAUUUUCCAAGUUUUCUGACGUUUACGCUUUUGGGACUGUUUGGUAUGAACUACUAUGUGGGGAAUGGCCAUUCAAAGGCCAACCACCAGAAACUAUCAUUUGGCAGGUGGGGAAAGGAGUCAAACAACCCCUAGCUAACCUACAGGCCUCAAGGGAUGUUAAGGACAUCCUGAUGCUGUGCUGGUCUUAUCAGCCUAAUGAGAGGCCAGAUUUCAUCAGACUGCUCAAAACAUUGGAGAAGCUACCAAAGAAGCGUCUGGCUAGAAGUCCAUCACACCCCAUCCACCUCUCACGCUCAGCUGAAUCUGUCUUCUGAGUACACACACACAUUGUAUGGUCAUUUAAAUGCUCUGUAUUGAUGAGAACUUUUAUGAAGAAAUUGUUUUUUCACAUAUAAAAAAGUAACCGAUUGGUCUGGACUGCACACAUUUUUUUAAACUUAUAAUUUAUGGGUGAUGGAAAAAAACUCUUUUUACUCACCCUUUAAAAUAUGUUUAGGCCUUAUAUUGUUUCGAUUAAAUUCAAUUUAUUCA